AGAGAGCAGAGGGAAGAGCUGUGGCAUUGGCAAUAGCUCAGUGUAUCAGUAGCACGCCGCCGAGACAUCCCUGAAUCUUGAGGGCAGCCUACCUGCCAGGUGUGCAGAGAUGAUGGCUAUGAACAGUAAGCAGCCGUUCGGCAUGCACCCCAUCCUGCAGGAGCCCAAGUACCCCAGCCUGCACUCCAGCUCGGAGGCCAUGAGAAGAGUUUGCCUUCCAGCCCCGCAGCUCCAGGGCAAUAUAUUUGGAGGCUUUGAUGAGAAUCUGCUGGUCCGUGCGGAAGCUCUGGCGGCUGUGGAUAUUGUCUCACACGGCAAAAGCCACCACUACAAGCCAGACGCGAGUUACCAUACCAUGAGCGGCAUCCCCUGCACUUCCAGCUCCUCCGCGGUGCCCCUGUCCCAUCCCUCCGCGCUAACUGCGCACCCUCACCACUCCGUGCACCAAUGUCUGGAAGGGGAUCUACUGGAUCACAUCUCGCCUACUUUGACUGUAAGUGGUAUGGGGGCUUCUGAUCACACGGUGAUGUCCAGCCAGCUGCACCCACAUCACCUGGGAGCCAUGGGACACCUGCACCAAGCCAUGGGUAUGGGCCACCCUCACCCCGUCUCCUCUCACAAUGGCAUGUCCUGCAUCAACGACGUGGAGUCGGAUCCGAGGGAGCUGGAAGCGUUUGCCGAGAGGUUCAAACAGAGAAGGAUAAAACUUGGAGUUACUCAAGCAGAUGUUGGGUCGGCUUUGGCCAACCUCAAGAUCCCAGGUGUUGGCUCUCUAAGCCAGAGCACCAUCUGCAGGUUUGAAUCGUUGACCUUGUCCCACAAUAACAUGAUAGCCCUUAAACCAGUUCUUCAGGCUUGGCUUGAUGAAGCCGAGGCUGCUUACAGGGAAAAAAACGCCAAGCCGGAGCUGUUCAACAGCAGCGAGAGGAAACGAAAGCGCACGUCGAUCGCUGCGCCAGAGAAGCGCUCACUGGAAGCCUAUUUCUCCAUCCAGCCCAGACCGUCGUCCGAGAAAAUCGCUGCUAUUGCAGAGAAACUGGACCUCAAAAAGAACGUAGUACGAGUCUGGUUUUGCAAUCAGAGACAAAAACAGAAAAGGAUGAAAUAUUCUGCAGUCCAUUAACUGUGUGGGAUUUGUGACUUUUAAUAGAGAUUUAAUACAAAGAGCAGGGAUCUUUAUUCAGGACUUCUGAUGACUCGCAGUAAAUAUAGACAAACUUAAUAAGAAGCCAUUGACUCGCCUGAACUCCCCAACCCCCCCACCCACACUCCUCUAUCAGAUUGGUGAGAAAUAGUCACAAUGUACCUGAUUCGUUUCCAGGUGACACCAAGGAGAGCUGACAUUUGCUUAGGGAUGAGUAGCCAGCUUUAGCAGAACUCCAGCCCUCCAAAUCCGGCUGUCAGGGGAUGCUGGGAGCUGUAGUUCUGCAGCUGGGUGUGCUACAUAUAUGUGCUUUCUAUAUACAUCGUAACCAUACAUUUUACUUUCAUCAGUUUUUGGUUCUUACCAUGGCGUUUUAAAUGCAAUAACACGACUAUGAUCGUUAGAAUUGCUUUCAUGGCCAAUGCUUGUGUUGUGGCUGUCCCCCUCAUUAACAAGGCUAGCCUUUAUGCAGUCUAUUUGGCCCUUUAUGCAGUCAGUUAUGUGGCCCUGCUUGGGUGCUGGCGCCCUAACGCAUGUGGGUGAAACGCGUUGGGUCUUCCAUAACUUCCCUACACACUCCUAAACUUUCACACAGAAGGCGCCGGAGUGUAGGCUCAGUCCUACCCUCUGUAACUUCCACAAGCACAUUAUAAUGGAGGAUACCGUUUCUCCCCAUUUAAUUAGACUUUUUUUGCUCUCCCUCUCUCUCUUUCUGUCUGUGUCUUAGUCUUCCCAGCAGCUAGAGAAAUAUAAAUAAUAAAUGAGAUCUGCAAACCAAUUUUCAGCGGUGGGUUUUUUUCUGCCUGCAAUUACUAUUUCAUUUAUUCCCACACAGUGUAUACCUACUGUAUAGAGAACGAUAUCUCGAUAUCUGCCCUUAUCCCGUUUAAUUGCUGGACGAUGUGCCCAGUUUUGUGGGUAUCGCAGCCCCCCAUCCAUCUCACUGUGCCCCCCCUCUACACUGUGACUCUUGAUAUCGAUUCACCCCCGUUUGGAUUUUAUGAUCAAUAUGCAACAGUUGUCCCCCAGUUGACUGUAUAAUGUUCUUAUUUACUUUAAGGAUUGCAUCGACAUUGUAUUAUACACAGAAUGACGAUUCAGUUAUAGUCAUAUUUUGCCAUCUUCAUUUUUCUGCAUUUAAUCUCUUCUUUCACUGAAAAAUGUGUGUAUUUCUCCCUUUCUGUGUGAUUCAUUUUUGUUCUUUGACUACAGCCUGAAGUAAACGUGUUUCCCCCCACCCCAAACCAUC